CCGCUCCCCCCUCCCCCCGAGCGCCGCUCCGGCCGCACCGCGCUCGCUCAGAGCUCCGGGCUCCUCCUAAGCUAGCGCUGCCGCCGUCUCCCUUUAGCCGCCAUCAUGAUCAUCUACCGGGACCUCAUCAGCCAUGAUGAGAUGUUCUCCGACAUCUACAAGAUCCGGGAGAUCGCAGACGGGCUGUGCCUGGAAGUGGAGGGGAAGAUGGUCAGUAGGACCGAAGGUAACAUCGAUGACUCCCUGAUUGGUGGUAACGCCUCAGCUGAAGGCCCCGAUGGCGAUGCAGCAGAAAACACCGUGGUCACUGGUGUUGAUAUUGUCAUGAACCAUCACUUGCAGGAAACCAGCUUCACAAAAGAAGCCUACAAGAAGUACAUCAAAGACUACAUGAAAUCAAUCAAAGGCAAACUUGAAGAACAGAAACCAGAAAGAGUAAAGCCUUUUAUGACAGGGGCUGCAGAACAAAUCAAGAACAUCCUUGCAAAUUUCAAAAACUACCAGUUCUUCAUUGGUGAGAACAUGAAUCCAGAUGGCAUGGUUGCGCUGCUGGACUACCGUGAAGAUGGUGUGACCCCAUAUAUGAUCUUCUUUAAGGAUGGCUUAGAGAUGGAAAAAUGUUAACACAGUGGGCAACUCACGACCAAUGCCUCUCAACCUAACCGGCUGCUGUUCAUCCACACGACACCAGGACUUAGACAAACGGAACUGAUGUCAUUGUGAGCUCUUCAUUUACUUUUGACCUUGAUUUGUUUGGAGCGGAGGCUUUUUUUUUUUUUUUUAAAGGAAAAAAACCAUGUCGUGUAGGUUGUCUAAAAAUAAAAUACAUUUAAACUCACUUGAGAAUGCCUCCUGGUUGACUAUCAGUAAACUGACUUCACCUUGUAGCGCUCCUGGAGAAGCCAGAGCCACAUAUAGACCGGCCGCUGCAGUGUGAGGCUGUCUCUAGAGGCCUGCUACAGCCAAACUGCAGGGAUCCGAAUAGAGACAAGAAUCCAAAGGCUUAAUUUUGAGUUUAAAUAAAGGGAGUGACCAUGUUUUUAGCGGUGCCAGCAUCUGAAGUGGAUCCUUAAGCAUUUCAUCACCUAAAAAUGGAAGAGAUUAUCAAAAGAAUAAAGAGACUAAUACAA